GCUGAGACUCUGUGCCGGGACAGUCUACGGAGCGGAGCUCGGCGGUGGUGGAUGGGGGAGGCCAGACGCACAGGCAGCAGCAACAGCAGCAGCAUCAGCAUCCGUCGGGCGCACCGACCGAAGCAUGCUCCAGCGCAGCCAUGACUUGCUCGGCGUCAGAUAGCGAGAAGAUCGUGAUAAACUGCGGCGGGAUCCGGCACGAGACCUACCGGAGCACCCUCAAGACGCUGCCGGGGACGCGCCUGUCUUGGUUGACCGAGCCCGACGCCUACAGCAACUUCGAUUACGACCCCAAGUCCGACGAGUUCUUCUUCGACCGCCACCCGGCCACCUUCGCCUUCAUCCUCAACUACUACCGCACCGGGAAACUCCACUGCCCCUGCGAUGUGUGCGGGCCGCUCUUCGAGGAGGAGCUCGCCUUCUGGGGCAUCGACGAGACCGACGUGGAGGCGUGCUGCUGGAUGAACUACCGGCAGCACCGCGACGCGGAGGAAGCCCUGGACAGCUUCGAAACCCCGGAGCCGGACGCGCCCGAGGAUGACCCUGCGCUCACCGGCGGUGCGGACGGAGACCUGAAGCGGCUGUGCAUGCAGGAGGACGGGCGCAGGACGACGUGGUGGGAGGUGUGGCAGCCCCGGAUGUGGGCGCUGUUCGAGGACCCAUACUCCUCCAAGUACGCCCGGUAUGUGGCAUUCGGCUCGCUCUUUUUCAUCCUCCUCUCCAUCUCCACCUUCUGCCUGGAGACCCACGAAGCCUUCAACACCAUCUACAACAAAACUGAGAACGUCACCAUUGGCAAUGUGACACAUGAAGAGAUAGUAUAUGAAGUGGUCACCGAUGGUUGGCUUACAUAUGUGGAGGGUGUCUGCGUCAUCUGGUUCACCAUUGAGGUGAUGCUACGUGUCAUCUUCUGCCCUGAUAAGGCUGAGUUCUUCCGCAGCGCCCUUAACAUCAUAGACUUCGUGGCCAUCGUGCCCUUUUACCUGGAGGUAGCACUAAGUGGCCUUUCCUCCAAAACAGCCAAAGACGUGCUAAGCUUCCUGCGUGUGGUGCGUUUUGUGCGUAUUCUGCGUAUAUUCAAGCUCACCCGCCACUUUGUUGGUUUGCGGGUCUUGGGUCACACUUUACGUGCAAGUACCAAUGAGUUCCUGUUGCUUAUCAUUUUCUUGGCGCUGGGUGUCCUCAUCUUUGCGACCAUGAUCUACUACGCUGAACGCAUUGGUGCUGACCCAGAUGAUCCAACAGCUGCAGCCCACACCAAUUUCAAGAACAUCCCAAUUGGCUUCUGGUGGGCUGUAGUAACUAUGACUACGCUGGGCUACGGGGACAUGUACCCAGAAACAUGGUCUGGGAUGCUGGUGGGUGCCCUCUGCGCCUUAGCCGGUGUGCUCACCAUCGCCAUGCCUGUGCCGGUUAUCGUCAACAACUUCGGCAUGUACUACUCCCUGGCCAUGGCCAAGCAGAAGCUUCCCAAGAAGAGGAACAAGCACAUCCCCAGAGCACCACAGCCCGGCAGCCCCAACUACUGCAAACCAGAUGCACUGGCCAUGGCAACUGCUUCCCCCCAUAGGUUGAUGGGUAAUGUGCUGGGGCCAGGAAUGGUGGGAUCCGGCAGCAUGAUGGGUACUGGAGACUGCCCACUGGCACAGGAGGAGAUCAUUGAGAUAAACAGAGCAGACUCCAAGCAGAAUGGGGAUGCUGCAGCCAAUGCAGCGGCCCUGGCCAAUGAAGACUGUCCCACCAUUGACCAGGUCCUUGGGGAUGAGCGUAGCCCAGCCACGGGAGGGCUCGGCUCCACCACCAGCCGUGAGCGCUACCCGCACGAUCGGGCUUGCUUCCUGCUGAGUGCUGGAGAGUUCCAGCGCACGACAGACGGGAACGUUCGAAAAGGAGGCACUGUGAACGGCUACUGGAGCGACAGCCCGUGGUAGAAGAAUGGAA